GCAAAGCUGGAUUGGCCUCCUCCAAUGGCCGGUCCACUCCUCUCGAUCCCAUCAAACCCUCCUCCAUUGCUGACGUCGCCACCCAACGACGCGCCAGACAUAGCCUAUCCGCAUCACAACAGUUGCUCCCUGCUAAUUUUACUCAAAUUCUUCGUAUCCACGGGUGUGUGGUUUUGACCCACGGGCCCCAAACUCGGUCGGGGAACGCACGAAAUGCCGGCCCUGUGGCACGGCAUGUCCGACUAGUGCAAUGAACAAUAAGGACCCAGCUCCCUGGCUUGGCGCCCGGGGCCGUUUGGCGCUGCUGCGGCUCCUGCUGCUGACUGCCCUCGCCUCAGCGCGAGUAGCUUGCGCGGCGUCCUCCCUCCGCAGAGCCGGCGCCGCAAAUAAUGGCGUUGCGUAUGUUGUGGCCUCUGCAAGCGGCGCCGCCGACGCAGCAGCACCGGCACAGGCCCCUCGCAACGAGCUGAUGUCCUGGUGGCUCGGGCGCCUGCCGCUUCCGUCGCAGCCUUUGUUUACAAACUGCGAUCUCGACAUUGACAGUGCUGUUGUCUCAAAACCGGCGGCUUUGGGGCUGGAUAGCGAAGGGGGCGACGGCGGCGCUGCUGCUGAUGCUGCUGCGGGGCGUGCCGUGCCAGCUGUGGGGACACACGUGCCCCGACCCACAUCAACGGACGACGCUCAGCCCGAGGCGCAGCAGCCCACAGCAGUGCCCGGGCGUCAGCCAUGUGGCAUCGCUGCCACCAACGACGAGCCAACAGUCUCAGACGCCAAUAUUCUAGACGCUGCCGCACUCCUGGAGGCGGCUUGUAGGGACCGUCAGGGGACCAGCAGCAGGCCCAGCCAGCAGGGUGGUGGGGGGGAUGACGUGGCAGCGGCGGCGCAGCCGGGCCGCCGCCGCGCGCAGGGGCGCGGUGUCCUGCAGUCGGCGGCCCUGCCUCCUCUGUCUGAUCUGCUGGGCAAGGGCGGCAGCGUCGGUGGCCCUCAGCUUUCCGGUGGCGCACCGCCCAUUCGCCUGUCGGACAUAUUGGGCGGCGGCGGCGGCGGAGGGGGCGGCGGCCCCGGCCCCGGCCCCGAAACAAACCCUGGCCCCAGCGGCUGGCCCCCGCCUGGAGCCAGCACCAACCCCAGCAUAGGGCGGCGUGUCGCCGCCUACGACGGCCAUGUGGGUGCCGCUGCUGCUGCUGCUGCUACUGCCGCCAUUAGUGGUGAUGCUACAGUCGCAGCCGGCCUCAGGAGCGGGUCGGCAGGGGCUGCCCAGCGGCAGGGCAACCGAAGGCUCCUGCUCGGUCGGCUCUUGCGCGAUCCCAGCAAUGGGGGCAGCGCCGGCGGUGGUGGCGGCUGGCACUCAGAGCGGGCUGCCAAUGCCGUGAUGGAAGCCGCGGCAUCAGUCUUUGCGGCAGCCGCGAGUGCUACAGCCUCACAAGACGCGGCAGCGCAACAGCACACGCUCGCGCGUGAAACCGCCGGCAGGCAACAGCCGGCCGCCGCCGCUGCCACAGGGGCCGUGGUCACUGGCGAGUCGCCGCUCCCAGCUGCUGCGCAUCAGCUGCUUCAGAGCAAGGCCACAGCCGCAGUGGUUGCGGGCAUCGCCAGUGGCAGCCUGCACCUUCUGGCCCGCCGGCUGUGGCGGCUGCAGCGGGCGGUGGCGGGAGCUGCUGCGGCGGCGGCGGUGCCCCAGGGCGAUGACGCCGCGAGGCUCGCUGCCGCACCUCUGAAGACAGCACACGACGCGGUUGGACAGCAGGCCUCGACGCCUGCGGGUGCCCGAGUGUUCGUCUUGAGCGGGGGCGCCGGCGAUGACGCGGAGUUGCUCAAUAUCGGCAGCAAGAGCAGUGGCACCAGCACCAGCAGUAGCAGUACCCCCGGCAGCAAUGGCCAUGGCGCUCGCCGGGGCGGCAGCAUCACCGUUCCAGACGGCGACGACAGCACCGCGGCUGCACCGCGCAGGCCACCGCCGCGGCAGCUGCUGCAGCAACAGCCGCCGGGGCUGCCGCCCAGCAUCACGCCACUGCCGGCCCCGCCACCACUGCCGUCCGGCGUCAGCCUGGAUGGGCUGCUGGCCGCGCUGCCGCCCACAGGCGUCAAGCUCUCUGACAUCGCCGGGCCGCUUGGCAUUGACCUGGGAACGCUGGGCAGCAUCCCACUGCCGCCGUUGCCGUCCCCGCCAGGCAGGCCGGCGCCAGCGCCCACGCCCAAGCCAGCUGGCGGCGGCGGUGUGUCGGCCCCAAAGAUUUCACUUGAGAUCAUCGUGGGUAGCCCUGGAGGUGGUGGAAACGGCGGAGGCGGAGGCAGUUCGCCCGCCGGCCCGCCUGGCGGCAAGAUCAACAACAGCCGCAACAGCGGCGGCAGUAGCAGUAGCAUUGGCAAUGAUGCCUCGGCCACCCUAAAGCUCACGGACCUUUUCGGCAGCCCGCCGCCACGCCAGGGAUAGAUCGCAGGGCUAGCGGGCCACUGGCAAGCUUUGUGGAUAGCAUGCGAGGGCAGGCCGGCAGAGAGCGAGCGAGCAGUCUGAGGUUGACUGGCCCAGUCGCGGUUCCAUGUGCAGUAGAUCCGGGUGUGCUUGGUAGGUUCCACGGGCUGCUGCAUCUGUAUGAUAAGGGUAUGCGACGGCUCAUGACUUAGGCGGAGCACUACAGUCAUCAUAAGUU